ACAUGUCCAGUGGGAGAAGAUGAAUGUAAUAGGGUAGUUUGUAGUCUUUGACGGUGGUGUCCUGGGAGGAGUGCUUUUGCACUGGCUGUGAAUGAGAGCUAAAGAGUUUAUUACAGUUUGGGGUUAGGUGAGGUGUGGUGAGACAGGGCGGUGUCUAGGCUUUGUCUCGGGUUGUAAGAGGAGAGCGGGAUAUGCUGGGAGGAGUCACACUCAAACAGGAACUGCAGUGAACAGAUGGAGUGAGCAAAUGUUAGUGUGGAAUCACUCCGGUCAUGCUGCAGGGCAGGAGGUGCUUUUGGAGGCUCCCAACAGCCACAAGUGAUCAGUCUCUCUCAGAUCUUUGGGCAGGUUCUGGAUACAGUUGGAUUACUACUGAGGGGAUACUACUUAUGCGCUUUCAAGUUUGGAGAUUUUGAGCAGUUUUUCAAAGCUUGAACUGCACUUGAUCUGAAGCGAUCAAAUUUUUCUACAGUUUGGUGUGAGCUGCACCGAAUACUCUUUCUGUGUACCUGUGAAGUGAUUCGAGUUGUGAAGUACCUUGUUUAAAUGCAAAGAAUUUGUGGAAUAUGGGACAUUUUGUUGUUCAGGAUUUGCAAUGGAUUCUCUGUUCACUUCGACUUUUCAUUACGAUAAUUGCUGGUAAAGUUUCCCCUACCAGUUCAGAUGCCCUCUUCAGUUUCCCGAUUACUAGUACCACCUCCAGCCCACCAGAAGUUUACCUCCCUGCCAACUUUAAGCUCUCCAACACACAGUUGGCUUUCUUUCUCCAAGAAACACGAGUUCCACCAUAUGGCAGCCAACGUGGACACCCUCUUCAGCGUUCAGAAAGCUUUGUGGUCUUUCAGACCAAGGAGCUGCCUUCAAUCAACAUCUCACUUGGACCUUUCACCCAAGACCAGAUACUGUCCAAGGACCUACUGCAACCGUCAAGUCCUUUGGACAUUCCUGGACGGGUGACAGUCAACUGGAAGGUCCGGGCGUUUAUUGUACAAUCUAGAGUUUUUGCUAGUAACCCAUUGGUUCAGGUGCUGUUCUAUAUAGCAGGACGGGACUGGGAUGACUUCAAGAUUCAGGAUAAGCUUCCAUGUGUGAGGCUGCAUGCUUUUAGAGAUGUUCGGGAGAUCAAAACUUCCUGCAGGCUUCAAGGGAAUCUGGCACAGUGCUUGGCCCAACUGGAUCUCCCUUCCACAUGGUUUAAUGUUAAUGUAGCACCACUGGGUCGCAGAAAGUUCUCGGGGACGGAUGGGCUUGAGUUAAGUGGAGAGACCCUUCAGGUAGAGCUUUACUAUACCCUCCAUGAUCCAGAUAGCAAUGAUGAAUGUGGGGAAAGCUACCCACGCCAAGGAGGGGCAUCCAGAGGGGAGAGCUCAUCCCAACAACCCCUUCUCCGUAUUGGGAGCAUCAGUUUGUAUCAGCCCAGUCAGGAACAACUAGUCGUAGACAAACAGCUUGACAAGAACCUCUUUUUGAGGCUACCAGAGAGGCCAUUAAAGCCAGGAGAGACCCUCAACAUCUACCUGCUUCUGGUCCCAAAUUCUACUGUGGAGCAGUUUACACUCAAGGUUAAAGCAAAGAAAGGUGUGAACCUUCUUAGCACUAAGUCGAGGAGUAACCAGUGGAAGGUUGAAUGGGAUGUGCAGUCCGGAGCCAAACACUCCAUUGCAACCGUGGAAGCCAGUAAGAUCAAAGGAGUCCCUGGGGACAUGGCUGCCAGUAUCGAAAUUAUGCAGCUGGACUUUGAGAUGGAGAACUUCACCAGCCAAUCAGUCACCAGAAGAAUCAACUGGAAUAUUGAUUACCGGGGCCAGAAUCCAGCCUCGGAUGCAGAGAAGGUGGUCACAGAGCUGACGGUGGUGCAGAAGGACAUUCAAGCCAUCAUUCCACUUUCAAUGGACACUGAGAUUAUCAACACGGCAGUUCUUACUGGCCGAACUGUGGCCAUCCCUGUCAAGGUGGUUUCCAUAGAACUGAAUGGAGCGGUCACUGAUGUGUCAUCCUCUGUGCAGUGCAAGUCAUUCAGUGAGGACACUGUCAAGGUGUCCAUGAACUGUGACUAUGUGUUUGUGAAUGGAAAAGAGACGCGUGGCUCCAUGAACGCUCGAGUCAUUUUCAGCUAUGAGCACUUGAGUGCCCCUCUAGAGCUCACAGUCUGGGUGCCCAAACUGCCCCUUAAAGUGGAGCUCUCAGACAACAAACUGAGCUUCAUCAAGGGCUGGAGGGUGCCCAUCCUACCCGACCGCAGGACCGCCAGAGACAGCGAUGACGAUGAUGAUGAUGACCGUAAAGUGAGCCGGGGAUGUACACUUCAGUACCAGAGAGCUCAGGUUAAGGUUCUGACCCAGUUCCACACAACCUCUACUGAAGGCACAAACCAGAUGAUCACUAUGCUGGGUCCUGACUGGCAAGUGGAUGUGACAGAGCUGGUGCAAGACUCUCUGAAGGUGGUGGACGCCAGGGUGGCUGAGUUGGUGGACAGGACGGUGCUAGUGGCCAACGAGCUUGGAUCAUCAGCUCUGAAGGUUGAAUCCCCACUGGCAGUGGAGGCGGUACUGGGUGAAACACAGUUCUCUGUGGUAGACGAGAAAGUGUCUAUAGUGGAGUUACGAGUCCAUGCCAUCUCGGGACUGUCACUCAAUCUUCAACCAAGCCCUGGAAACAGCCAUACUAUGGUUGCCAAGGCAACUGGAGUACAGACUCUCUCCACUCUUAAGCAGGAGGCCAGUUUGUCCAUCUGGGUUUACUACAGUGACAAUACCGCCGCCCCCCUGAGUAUGUACGACUCUAAAGACUACAACCUCAAUGCCACCACAGCAGAUGAUAAGGUGGUUACGGUGGCUCAUCAGCCCCAGCAACGGUGGCCAGUCAUCGUGGCCGAAGGUGAGGGCUCAGGAGAAGUAGUGCAUGUGGAGAUGACCAUCUGUGAAACCUGCCAGAAGACUAAACGAAAGAGUGUCAUUGCUAUGUCUCCCGUGUUCAUCAAAGUCCGCUGUGGACUGGAUGAAGACUCUGAGGAGGAAGUGGAUACAGAAACUGAAAUAGACACUCGAAUUCCUGCCAACACAAGAAGGCCCGCUAUCGAUUCCAGCGUAGGUGGUGGAGGGUAUGAGCCAUCUAACGAGCAGCCUGCAAGUGUGCCCAUUGAUUACACCAACUUUCCUACUAUAAGCAAUCCGGAAGAACCAACCGAAGAAGACGAGGAGGAUGAUGAGUUUGUGCACAGUCCCCGUAGCAUGACUGACCUUGAGAUCGGCAUGUAUGCUCUUCUUGGGGUGUUUUGCCUUGCCAUACUGGUCUUUCUUAUAAACUGUAUUGUAUUUGUGUUGAAGUAUCGCCAUAAGCGCAUCCCUCCUGAAGGCCAAGCCAACAUGGACCAUUCCCACCACUGGGUGUUCUUGGGUAACGGGGAACCCCUCCGCACUCAGAGUGAUCUCUCGCCUCAGACAGUGGAAAGCCCCAGCAACACCUUGGAGGGGGUACAGACUUGCUGUCAUGGGGACCACCACAGCAGCGGCAGCUCCCAAACAAGUGUACAAAGCCAAGUCCACGGACGAGGAGAUGGCAGCUCCGGAGGUUCAACCAAAGACCAUGGAGAAGACGCCAGCUCUCCGACCUCCAAACGCAAGCGUGUCAAGUUUACCACCUUUACCCAUCCCAAAGAGGAUUUACCCUACAACUCCAUCCCCAUUGCCAAUGAAGAGGACAUUCAGUGGGUAUGCCAAGACAUGGGCUUUCAGGACCCAGAGGAACUGCAUGACUACAUGCGCAGGAUAAAGGAAAUAGCCUGAUAUGGCUAUGUGCUUUCUAAAGACAUUCCUUUCUACUUUUCUCUCUUAAUUUUCACUCUAAAGGAGGUACAUUUGACAAGAAAAACAACCAAGGCCUAGUGUCCAGUUUUGUUGGGGUUUUCUGCACAGUGCUGUUUCCCUUACACAUUGACACUUGUACAAACAAAAAAAUAUUAAUGACGCUGCCAGGGAAGCCAAAGACGAGUUGGGAUUCUAGCAAAAAUGGCUGUAGCAGUGUUUGAUUGCUGCUCAGUAGAAGGGUGACUAUACAAUCUUUAAAGGAUAUCCAAAUGGAUUCCUCAAGUACUCAAUCAUGUAUGGGUCACCCUACUGUGGAUAGGAUCUUUCUCAGAGGAAUGCCUGGAGUCUUGGCACUGUGUCCAUUCUUCUUCUUCUUCUUCUCUCUUUUUUUUUUUUAAUUCAACAGAUUCUUCUAACAAAGAGGCCUUUGAAGUGCAGAUUCUACUUUUGUCCCAAAUUUGUUUUUGAGAUGGAUCAUUUUCUCGCCAUAGUUGAUAAACCUGACACUUAGCCACCGAAACUGUCAGGGACGUUCGUGAGAACGUGCCAUGGAUUCUUUGUCAGUGUUGUAAAUGUUGAAUGGUUUUAUCCUCCUGCCCCUCUUUUCAGCAUUAUCUUGGUUCAACACAUGCCUUGGUUGCUGAAUUAGUUUUUCAUCUGUCUUUGGUAAUUCAUAGUCAUUCUCAAUAUGGAUGCCACCUUUGCUUCUCUCACUGUCUUGGUUAAGUCUAAUGCCUUAUUAAACGGAUCUCAAUAGUAACAGCCGCAUUCUGUGCUGACACCACAUUUGUUCCCAUUGUUAAGGGCCAAUGCAGGAGCAACUCUGCAGAUGUCUGUAUCUCAAUUAAAUGUGUGUCGGCACAGGAAAGGCAGGAGCUUGUACAUUGUGGAGUUAGAUAUCUUCUCCAACAUUCCUCUGCAUGAAUGGAGACUUGCAGGCACAAUUAGCGCUAUUUUUUUUUUUUUUUCGUUUUUUACUUUGUAUAUGUUAGUAUUGUGAGAAUUAUCUAAUCACACAUGAAAUUAUAAUAGAAUACAUAUCAUGUUACCAUGCAUUACAUGCAUGUGCCAGACCCUCCCUUCUGUGUACAAACCAUGUUCAGUACAUAACGACUGCAGAAGCUUAACUCUUGAUUACUCCAUUAGCCUGAGAAAUAGGGGAGGCAGAUGCCAUACAGGGACUCGGCAGGCAGAUACUUGAAUUUCAGUGAGGCUUUCUUUUCUUUUUCUCUUUUUCGGUAUCUUUACUGAUCUCACCGUGAAUUCCCAUCCAGGCGGUAAUAGAGUUAAGAUCUCUGGUAAGGUUAAAAUGCUAUGCAAACACACUACAUUUGUUAAUAUACCAAGAAAUAUCUCAAAUAUCUAUUUCUUUGAACGAGAUACUUUGAAUUUUGAACUCUGAAGCUCACUAAAGCUUUGUCAAAGAAAACACCACAAAAUGUGGUUGCACAGUAGAUCCAGCCCAAAACAUUCAACAUUUAGUAGUUUAGAAAGGGGUAAGCUGGUAAUGAUUCUGAAAGCUUUUUUGGAGCGGUGCACCAAAAACGGAAAAAAAAUGAUAGCUGUAUUGUUGUUGACCUAUCACAGGUUAGUUUCAGGGUUACAGUCCCCCAGUUUCUUCAGGACACCUAAAGUCAAACUCUGUAUUAAAUGUUUAUUUCCCCACUUGUGCUGUAUUUGUAACAUGCAGGAUUAAUGCAUGACUUUGUUUUAAUAGUCUUAUUAGUCAUUUUCCUGUAACCAGGAAGGUACACCUAAUAAAAGAUGUUUAUUCUAUUAUUAUUAUUAUAACAUUAUUUUUAUUUAAUUAUUAUUUUUUUAACUCACCACUAAUUCAAUUAGGGUUCCUUUGCACUCCAGAUUAAAGUCACAGAUUACUUAUUACUGACACCUCUCCACCUUUCUCCUAUGAUUUGUAGCCCCCUUCAACCCAAAAGAUUCUGUUGAGUAAACCUUCUUGUGAUGAAAUGUUAAUUGAUGAUGUAACUCGUCAAGGUAUAAGGUUUUGCUAAACAGUUGGAGUGUUGGUCAAAGGUGUAGUUUGACCCACAUUUUAACUUCAUGGAGGCUUAGAACUGAAUGUAAUCUUUUCAAAUGUACCUUGAUGAUCAAAAUGAACCAUUUCCAAUGUGUUAUUAAGGUCUUCUGAUGGGGUACAUAAGACUCGAUAUGACUACUAGCAAGUCUCUGGUAGCAGCUCAUACACUUUUCUGGUUUCUAAAAUUAUUUUCCUUGGUGCAAUAUCAUCAUCCGGACAUUUUUGCUUUCAUGUUGUUUUCUACUUUCGACUAUGUAUGUAUGUAAAUAAAACAGCAGUUGCAAUAUCUGCACUUACAUUUUUCUUUUUCAAGAGGAGCUGCUACUAGGCCUUUGCCUUGACCACAUGCUGUGUUGUGGUGUAGAUUUGAGCUGUACUCUCUGAUUGCUGAAGCACGGUACUGUCAGCCAUGUGCUGACACACCCUUAAUGUACAGAGCACUGUUACAACAUCCUGUAUCCUCCCUUAAAAGAAACUGUUGUAUUUCCCUCCUUAUAUGUAAGUACUAAAGAAAAAAACAAUGCAUAAACUUGGUGUUGUGUUUUUUAUUUGACAGUAUACUUUGCGUUUUAAUGCUCUGUCCAAACAAUAGUUGCCUAAUGAGCCUACUGGGCUGUCUAGACAGCUGCUAAUUUAUCCAUUUUGUUCAUUUAAAUAUUCAUUUAUAAAGACUAUUGCUGUUUGUUAACAAUAAUCAA